AUGGACGACUCUGAGCAAGCUCUCCACGGUAUACUUCGCUUGGAGGCAUGCAGCCAACCUGUGGCGGUCACGGCUAUCUAUGCUAAGUGUACUCGCGCGGAAAGAUAUCCACUUUGGGACAAAUUGCGGGAUCUAGCGGACAACUUGGAGACUCGGCCGUGUAUUAUUGGAGGGGACUUCAACACCAUUCUUAACCCACGAGAUAGGUCCGGGAGCGAGUCUAAUAGGAAAGCGGACACGUUGGCCUUCGCGGAAGCAAUCGAAGAUUGUAGACUGGUCGAUGUGGGCUUUGACGGUGCACCUUUCACUUGGGCAAUGAACAACCUAUUUGAGAGGCUUGACAGAGUUUUUAUAAAUGAGCAGUGGAUGAGCGUUUUUGAGGCAACAAGAAUCACGAACCUGCCUCGCGUCACCUCGGAUCAUGGUCCCAUCCUGGUUCGAUGCAAAACAGAGGUGACAGGGGAGAAAGGUAGGAACUUCCGAUUCCAGAACAUGUGGUUGAGACACGAGGGGUUUCGAGUAGUCGUGGAAUCCAGUUGGAGCCAACCCACCGAGGCCGGAGGACUACUUAACUUGCAAAUCAAGCUCGCAAGGCUUAAGAAAGUCCUUAAAGAGUGGAAUAGAGCAACUUUUGGAAACCUCCAAUCCAGCGCCGAGGCAACUAUAGUAUUGGCCCAGCAAGCCUUCGAAGCUGAUGCGUCCCCGACCAAUAGAUGCCGAGUAAAUAAGGCAAUUGCGGACUACAUCCUUUUACUAAAAAUGGAGGACUUAUGGAGACAGAGGGCAGCGGUACGGUGGAUCAAGGAGGGGGACAGAAAUACGAAGUUCUAUCAAAGUUGGGUCAAACAAAAGAGAGCCCGUCUUCGAAUCCAUGGCAUACUUGCGGGAGACCGAACCAUUACAGACGAGAGAGAGAUCAAGGACUCAGCGUCUAACUUCUUUCAAGAGUUACUUGCACCAUCGGCUCUCCCUCUGGCCGAUCCAGAUUUGAACUUGAUUCUGCGACACCCACAGGCCUCGGACUUGGAGAGCCUCGCUACUUCCCCCAAUGAGCAUUUCGGCUGA